GAAGUCAAACGAAAACAUGGCUGAAGUGAUAUCUGACAGCGACAGUGAUGGAGAGGUUUCCGUGACGAAAGUUCCAAGGCCUCCUCCCAAACGACGACGCAUUAUCGACCCUUCCGCCAUCACAACAGUUCCAAUCUACUCCAACAAGGUGAACAGCAGUUUAAACCUUAAGCCUACGAUUUUCAAACAAACUGAUGACGGCGUUACCGACGGCGAUGGCGCCAGCCCAUGGCCUUCAUCUUCAGAGAAUAAUGAAAAACAGUUAAACAGCAUUUGUCUUAGUGACUCCGAGGAGGAGGAGGUGGAGCUAGAGAAACAAAGGAAAAUUAUACACUCCCCAUCUCCGCCCCCGCCCCGCCGCAGCCCACCCGCCAAACGAUCCAACCGAGCAAACAAAAAAAUACGUGAGGUCAACAGGAAGCUGGAGGCCAUCGACUCAAUGACAUGCCCCUCUCCGGAAAAGCGGGACCCCGCCCCGGAACGCUACGACUCAUCGUCUUCCGUCGCCCUCGACGACGAAGAUGAGGAGGACGAUGAUGACGACGACGACGUCGUCGUAAUCACCUCUGACAACAAAAGGAAAAGGAAUGCACCCUGUCCAGAGGUCAACAAGACUUCCCGGGAAAUUUCCUUAAAAUUCCGCUGCAGGACAGACGUGUACAGGAUUCCAGUGCUCACGACAGCCCCAUUGAGUGAGGCUGUGGAUCAGUUGUCCAUCAAACUAAACGUCCCGCCCACCCGCAUUCUCUUGCUGAAGAAAGAGAUGGAACUUCCUGUGCACGCCUCAGCCAACCAGCUGGACCUAGGCAUCGCUGAUAUCAUUGACUGCGUCGUCAUCGCGGAGGGCAAACAGGACGAGAGUGAUCAGAGUGAUGUCAUCACCGUGCGACUGCAGAGCAAAGAGAAAGCAUCGUCACAGGAAUAUUCCCUACGAAAAGACGCUCCACUGGGCUCGGUUCUCUCCAGUUACCUCUCCACUCUGACUGCCAGCGCUAAACAGAGAGUGUGCUUCCUUUUUGAUGGGUCAAAGGUCACACAUAACCAAACGCCCUCUGAGCUGGACAUGGAGGACGGUGAUGUCAUCGAAGUUUGGGUCUAAAGGCAUCAAUAAAUAUGGA